UAUACACAUGUGUGUUAGUUCAAGUGGUGGCUUGAAAUAAACAUCUUAAUUUACCAUGAAGUCAAUCUGCAUGUGGAAAAGGCUCCUUCUUAACCUAUGGAUACACAUUGGUUUUAUGCCUGGAUUACAUUGCAAUACUGGAAUCAUUAAUCAUCUGUCAAAGGAAGAUGUCUUACUCCUAAAGGAUGAGAAAAACCCUAAGUGUUUCACUCGCAGAGAAGAGGAUUUUACCUGCUUCUUUGAGACCACAGACAACAAGACUUAUGAACUCCUCUAUAAAUAUACAUUCGGGCCCAUGAAGAGGUGUGAAAUGUCUGUCCAGAGAACAGAAGAGGGGAAUUUUCUGCACAUCUGCCUGUUUCCCAGUUCAGAUGUUUAUACAUAUACGGAAAUCAACAUUCAGGUGGUGGAAUGCACCUCCAACAUCAGCACCUACAGUCGGAGCGUUUAUGUGGAGGAGCAUUUUCUUUUGGAUCCUCCUUGGAAUGUGUCCUUAGACCCAAAUGGAAAUGUGGGACAACUGCAGGUUUCAUGGCAUACAGAAUAUGAGAAGUACAUGGAAGAAGGCAAAAAAUAUAGAAUUCGUUAUUCCUCCAAUUCCCUUGGGGAGAAGACAGUAGAGGCAAAGAAUACCGACAGCUGCAGCCUUGUGCUACCACCAGGUGAAGUAGUCGAGGUCCAGGUUGCUCUCAAAUAUGGUUAUGAUCCAGUUGCAGGGCACUGGAGUAGCUGGUCCCAACCUGUGCGAGCUGCAGUUCCCCAACGUGCAGAUGACAUCUCAUUAGCAUGCUACACCUCUGACCUGCAUAAUGUUGUCUGUCAAUGGAAAGGACAAAAAUUUGGAGUAGAAAAUGAUUACAAACUUUUCUACAAGAUGGAGCUCGGAGAAUCCUUGAAUUGGAGUAACUGGACUGAGUGUCUAGCUGAUGAACGCCACACUGACCAGUGCUCUUUUUAUGGAAAUACGUCCAGACAAAUGAGGGUCAAGCUCAGCAGCCCUUCAGCACCUCUCAGCAGUACCUUCUACUCUGAACCAUUCAUGCUCAGCAACAGCAUUAAACCACUCCCGCCACAUCAUCUAAAAUAUGCAUUUAGACAAGACAAGUUGUGCUUGGAGUGGGAAGCUCCUCUUCCAUCCCCGCAAACCAAUUUGCAAUAUGAGGUUGAUAUUCAGACCAAAGGAGAAAAGCAGCGGAGGAGGAUAAUAUGCCCAGAGACUGUUAUCUGUGAGCAGGUUCCGUUGAGUAGCCAGUUCUGGGCUAAAAUCAGAGCCAAACCUAAUGAGUCCAAUCAUUUAGGCAGCUGGAGUGACUGGUCUGAUAUCCUGACUGGUUACACCCAACCUGAUUUAGGAAUGGUGCACAGAUGGGGUAUCGUUGUUCUCAUUCCAGCCAUAGCCACCAUCUUCAUCUGCUUCAUUGGCAUUUACCACAGUAAACUACAGCAAUAUUUUUGGCCACCAGUGCCCAACCUUGAAAAAGUUCUACACGGCUUUAUGACAGAGAUAAACAAGCACAAAUGGGAUUCACCUGUUACUGCAAAGCAGUGCUUUGAAGAAACCACUUCAUCUGUGGUGGAGAUCAUGGCUGAAGGUGAAGUUCCCAGUUUGGAAAAACUAUCAGAAGAAUCUUCUGAGUUCCUGUCACUUGAUGGAAGCUUUUCUAGUGGAGAGCUGGCCACUGGGAGUCCUGGAACUGAAGUCUUCCCAGAUUAUGUAACUCUGAAUAAAGAAAUUGUCAUUGCUUGCCUUGAAGGAAACAGUUACGUGAGUGAGUUGACAAUAGAGAAAAGAGAUUCUGAGGUGGGAGAUGAGCGCCUCCAAAUUUAUAAUUGUUCCUGUACUGAUAGCUCAUCUUGUGUUAAACCUUACUCAGACUUUACUAAUCAUUGCUACUUACUUAUAACAGAGUCUACAGAGAGGUUUAGCUGCAAGAUCCAUGGUGUAAAGGGUCCAGGUAACCUCUAUACUAACCUGCCUUGCAGCUAAAUGCUCACUGAAGCCAGUGCAGUUUGUCUAGUGGUGCAGAUUUGAUGUGUGCUUUCAAACUGACCCCAGAGCACACUUUAAAUCUGAACAGUCCCAUAAAUUCAAGUUAGCUCUAAAAAAAGAGUAAAGCUGUACAAACAUCUUUGGAUUGACACACUUUGGCUUCAGUGAGGGAGUGUACUGACUUAUUUGAUUCGUAACAGCUGUAAGUUUUGAUCAUAGCUUCUCAUUGGUCACUUUUGGUCCACUGGCCUUGAGUUAUGACAGGUGGGGCCCAGCUAGACUCGAUAAAACAUACUUUUUGUACUGCUAGUAGAACAUGGACAAAUUUAUGAAAGUACCAAUGGGUACAAAAAAGAGACAAGAAAGUAUGACAAGACACAUAUUGCCCUGGCUAUGACCUCAUAACGGUCAAGUAAUGAUAAUGUGGUGAUCAUCUGACACUACGAAACCAAAUAAGUUACAACUUCACUUCGGGACUUCUCAUCCUAAACACAAAGAAAAGCCUAGUGAUUACCUCAGAAAUAAACUACUCACCUGUCAUUAAUAGCAGAGUUCUUUUACCAAAGCAAAAGUAGCAAUUAGCAGCCAAUAAAUGAAAAAUACCAGACUAUUUCUCUGCUAAACAAUAUUAUUUUGUGGUGCAUUUCCCUAUAUGUUGCAUUGUAUGGGUUGUGCAGCACUUUAUUUUUAAGGUACUAUAUAAAUAAAUAUGGUAUGGUAAGGGUUGGGGUACACAUGGUAGUGAUGGUGGGAGAGGGGAUGAGGGGGCGCCCCCUUGAGAAAAAGUUUGGGAAACACUGGUUUAGCUUAGGGCCCUGCAAUGAACUUGUGACCUGUCCAUGGUGUAUCCUGCCUCUCACCUGCUAAAUGCUGGGAUAGGCUUCAGCUACCCCGCUAGAUAUUGGAUGGAUGGAUGGAUGGAUGGAUGGAUGGAUGGAUGGAUGGAUGGAUGGAUGGAUGGUUUAGCUUAGUGUACAGAGCAAGAAUACAGUUGCACCACAACACAUACAGUUCACUUUAAACAUGGGACCAUGAAGUAAUUGGUAUAACUUUGUACAUUCUUCAUAUGUAGCAUGAAAGUUACUUUCAACUUCCUCAGUGUUGUGUUUUUUUCUGUUUAGAUUUUUUUUUUUUUUUUUUUUUUUUUUUGUGGAGCAUUCAGGUUUUAUGCUCCUUAAAUGUGGAACAAACUCCCAGAAAACUGCCGACUUCAGAAGAAAACUUUUCUAUUUGCUGCCUUUUAUUAAAAUAACUGUUAUUUUCUCACACUGAAACUUUAUUUCUUUAAUUUUCUAUUUUAUGU